ACCUUGGUAACCUCUUCUAUUUCUACUACUCUUCGUCGUCGUCCUCCUCCUCCUCAACUUCCCACCUUUCGCAGCCGUGGAAGACGAGCAGCCACGCGCGGAUAUCCUGGCAGAGUGUUACGGAGAACGGAGAACAGUGGCACAGAAGGCUGGUUGCUCCAUUUUCGUGUAUCGCGUGCAAAGGAAAGCCGUCUCGUUCUCUCUUCUCUCGCAUUCUCGAUCGGCCCUACAGUCAGUCAACUUCGAUCUGACUUUCGAUUAAGCCGAUCGGGACGCAGAUCGAUCGGAAGUUGAAUAAGAACGGAUAAUCCGAAAGGGAAGAUAAUAAUAAUAGAAGAAGGAAGAAACGUUCGUCGCGCUCGAGGUGUCUGUCGUUUCUUCUUCCUAAGUGGAAGUGGAUCCCGGUCGUGUGACGAGAUCAGACAGUGGAAACGGACCGUUCGUAACACGGACCAACAGAAAACCGGUGGUGAACGGGUUUCACGCGGCUAUUUUGUAUCGGGAUAACGACCGUCGAGACGUCCUAUUACGUAGAAACGCUUUCGUUUUCGAUAAAGAGAAACAGAGAGAGAUAUAUAUAUAAAGAACAGUGAACACUGGUGUAAUUCGUGAGAGACACUGUCCCAGUGAGUUUCCAGGCACUGGUUGCGGAAGGGUUCGAGGGCGAACGAGGGUCGUGCAGGGUCCGUGGAACCGAGCUGCGCGUCAUGGCUGCCACGAGGAUUGACUGGAAGAUUAGAUUAUACGCGAUCGUCUGGUUGCUGACGAUGAACACUCUUCGAUGUCAGGCGACGAAUCACGAGAAUGCGGAUGGCGACGGAAACGCGGAUGACUCGGUGUUGGACGAGACGACCGAGGAUUACUGGGCCGGAAGCGGAUCCGGACCUGAAGAAGACGAUGGUCUUCGUAACGAGACCAGAGAAGCGUUGACGCACGAAGCUAGCGAUCACGAUGCUGUGGUGUACGUAGGGGACGGUGCUGCCUACGUUCCAGUUCCUUCGUUGAAAGGACGACCCUUGAGCCCGAAUUUGCAAGCUCUUCAGACUCUUCAGGGUCUGCAAGGACUGGCCGGAGGCGGUGGUACGGGGGUGGUCGGCGACGACGAUUGGAAGAGACAUCCGGAAACUUGGGAUCGCGAGCAUAGGAGGUACAGGCCAAACACCACUCGAGUUCAACAUAUCGAAGCGGAGUGCCAGGACGAUUACAUGAAGAUCAGGAUCGGUUUCAACGGCUCUUUCGCGGGGCUACUUUACUCGGCAGGCUACUCUUACGAUCCCGACUGCAUGUACGUUAACGGAACCGGCCGCGAUUACUACGAGUUCUACAUUCAGUUGAAUCGGUGCGGCACCCUUGGCGAGAACACUCAUCAUCAGGACAGCAGAAAGAAUCCUACGAAAAACCUAAUGUGGAACACCGUCACGGUGCAAUACAACCCGUUGAUCGAAGAAGAAUUCGACGAACAUUUCAAGGUGACUUGCGAGUAUGGUUACGAUUUCUGGAAGACCGUCACCUUUCCGUUCCUGGACGUCGAAGUGGCGACGGGAAAUCCCGUAGUGUUCACCCUGCAGCCACCGGAGUGCUACAUGGAAAUCAGAUACGGUUACGGGACCACUGGAACUAGAGUGGCUGGACCAGUUCGCGUCGGCGAUCCUCUGACUCUCAUUAUCUACAUGCGCAGCAAAUACGAUGGCUUCGACAUCGUCGUCAACGACUGCUACGCGCACAACGGCGGAAACAAACGGAUCCAGCUGAUCGAUCAAUACGGAUGUCCCGUGGACGAUAAACUGAUCAGCAGAUUCCGUGGAUCCUGGUCAGAAAGCGGACUCUUCGAGACCCAAGUGUUCGCUUACAUGAAGACGUUCAGGUUCACCGGUUCGCCGGCUCUCUACAUCGAGUGCGACGUUAGAAUGUGCCACGGUAGAUGUCCGAGUCAACCAUGCCACUGGAGGAACGCCAAAAACGUGGCGAAACGUUCGUUGCCAGAAAUCGGUGGUCCCUCAACACCUGCUACCAGUUUAUCAGAGAACGUGAAUCUCUUCCAAUCGCUGCGCGUGCUUCAGGAAGGCGAAGCGGAUACUGAGUUCUUCCAAAAUUCCACCACUGCUUAUCGAAGCGGUCCCAGCGAAUCUUCGGGCGACAGAGUAUGCCUGAGAUCAACGGUCCUCAGCACGAUCAUAGGAAUCGGAUGCGGCUUCCUUUGCAUCAUGGCAGGCACGAUAUUGGCCAUGUGUUCGCGGAUGCGACGACAGGCCAGGGAGAAGCUCUUAUCCGACAGUAUAAGUUACAUGACCCACAAGGGUAGAAUCAAUUAAACGCAGCCUCCCCGAACGUACAAGCGAGUUUCUCUGUUUUCUUCUUCUGCCCGAUGCUUCCACCGGUACCAGAUUAUCCGGGGAAUCACCGAAGACAUUUUCUCUGUCGAUAAAUGCGAUACGACGCGGACUCCAUCGAUACCUUUUAAAAUCGAUUGAUCGGAUGAUCUUCAAAAUUACGCGUUCAAAGUUUAAUUUUAAAAACAGACUAUGGAGACAGGAUCGUACCGAUCGCACGAUCGAUGAAUAAUUAUGGUUUUCGCGUGAAUGAUUCACCGUCGAGGAAGUAGGAAUCUUUGAAGAUCGAACUCUCGACAAUGCUACUCGCUAUCCUCUUUCCUUUUCCUCUCGUCGCGGAUAAACCUCGUUUAUCGUACGCACAAACGAGUUGCUGCCCGUCGAUAAUAAUGAUUCAACCGCGAAUUUAGAAGUCGAGGAUUUUGCCACGGUCUCGGUGUCGGGUGCACGAUCGAGGAAAAAGCGUAAUUCGAAAAAUGCGAAAGCAGGUAAAGUUCGAAUUCUUUGAUUUUUCGUUCGUGCAAACGCUGCUACGCCGGAUCGAAACGAAUAGAUACAUAGGCCACUGAUGAGAUUCAGAGUACAUUUAAGUAUGGCUAAUAACGUUACUCGCCAUAUUCAGGAACGAGAAAAUUAACAUUGCCUCGAGUUGCAGCUGAGCAAACAAUCAAUCGUAUCCAAUUUGCAAACUGAUAAAACUUUCGGGAAAGGUUUACAAAUCUUCACCUUCUUACAUCUCUGAUGUCGAAUUAUAAACGACAACAUUUAUUUUUGAUAUUUCGAAAGGUUUGCAGCUGCAUUCUCGAGAAACAAUUGAACCUCGAUCGACUGACACGUUUUUUUUACCUUAAGUUUCUGAAUGUUUGCGAAUAAUGCAUUAUCGUAUGAUAUAGAUAUCGCUAUUAUAAUAAACAGCUCUACAGUAUCUAGGUUUAUACUCAUAUGCAUAUGGUAUAUAACGCAGCGUCCAAAUGUGUCUUCUAACGUUUAAUUCUUUUUUUUUUUUUAAUUUGUUUCGAGAAGCAGGAGUAUCGCAGGAAUUGCAACGAGCGCGAACGGCCAGUGAGGAUUAAAUAAUAUUUUGCGAGAUCACCCCGUGCGUAUCGGGGGAGCCAAAGAAACGUAGCUCAGCUCUCGUCUUAAUAUUUAACGACGGAAUUUCGCGGUUCCCGCGCGAACGUCCUUUCGCCAACCAGUGAAAUAUUAAUUUCCCCUCCUGGUCGUUCCGAAAUUAUUUCUACGUUCUCGUCAAGAUCGAACGCCGUAGACAUUUUCGUUAUUCUAUUUUUUUUUUUUUUCCAAAUACUUCGCUCUCAAACGACAGAUAGCAACAACAUCCACCUGCUCGAUCGAAUUACUUGUAAAUAUAGUACGGUACGAUACAUGAUAUUUAUAAUUAAG